UCUUCGUCUUCUUCACAACCAAAUAGAUCAAUUUUUUCUUUUUUUUUUUUUUUUUUACAAACCCCUCUCCCCUUUCUCUCACACCUUAGUUUUCCUCCAUACCCUCUCAAAUCUGGUUUUUUCUUCUCUGUUUGCUGUUCUUUCUCUUUGUUUUUCUUCACUUUUACCCCUUCUCUUCUGCCCCUUUUCACCGAUUACUGUUUUUUCUUUUCUCUCUCUCUCUCUCUCUCUCUCUCUCUCAAGUUUUUUUCUUUUUCUUUCUUCAUCCUGUAUUUGGGGUUUCUUGGUUGUGAAGAAGGAUGAGUGGUGGUGGGUCUAGGGCUUCUUCAAUCCCCAACAGUGUGAGGAAGACGAUCGAGAAUAUUAAGGAGAUCACGGGCAAUCAUAGUGAUGAUGAGAUUUUUGCAAUGCUUAAAGAAUGUUCUAUGGAUCCCAAUGAGACUGCUCAAAAGCUUCUUCUUCAGGAUACAUUUCAUGAAGUGAAGAGCAAACGUGAGAGGAGAAAAGAGAAUGCAAACAAUCGAGAGUCUGUAGAGUCACGGUGGAAAACAGGCAUGCAGGGAAGGGGUGGUAGAGGUGGUCGUAUAAAUUCUUCUCCUCGUUAUAUUUCUCAUGAUACUGGGGGUGGCCGGAACCCUGGACCUGGAAGAGAGAAUGGAGUAAAUCAAUCAAUUGAGAAGAGUGGCUCGUUAUCCAUGCCUACUUCUCAAGAGACAAAAAAUAAAGAAAAAAUACCAGUAACAAGUUCCCCAUCUGUUGGAAAUGGUGCCACAAAUGUAGCUACCGGAAAUGUUUCUGAAGCAACUUCAUCUUCAGCGGACAUAAGUGGUAAGGGGAGUGCAUUGCCUCCUAUAAAUGCAAACAAGAACCCAAACCGAGCGCUUGGUACAAGGCUCUCAAGUGAGCGGCCCAUACCGAACUCUGACAACAGCGUAGUACCAAUCACAGUGGCGUGUUCAUCAACAGCAUUGAGCUCCUCAUCUUUAGAUCCAUCCAGUGAUGCACAACUACCAGGUCCGGUGGAUGCAAUUAAAUGUGAUGGGGCAAGCUUAUCGCAUCCUAAUGAAUCAAGCACAGCUAAUCUCGUGGAAAAUAAAUUAAUUCUUGAGACUUUGGAGAUCAGCAACUCUCUGGCUCAAGAAAAUCAACGAGUUAAAUCUCCAAAAGUUGAGGAGAGCCUGCUCAAUGAGAUUUCGCCACCUUCUGUGUCAUUACAGGGCAGCUCUAGUGCUAGUUUACCUUCUAAUCAUAAUAAACGGCCACAACAAGUAAUUGGUUCUCAUAAAGCUAGUUCUAAUAAGGAAUGGAAACCAAAGACGACAAGUUCCGUUGCUAUACAGCAAUCGAGAACUGUCAGUGGGGCUGCUGCUGCAUCUGAGGUUCCAGGCGUUACCAUUGAUGUGACUGAACAUUUAGAGCCUGUUUCGAGGGUCCUUGAUUCGGAAGAGGCUACUAUGAAACUGCAGAAGAAAUUAGAAGAGUUGCAUGUGUCAAAAAGCCAGCUUGUUAUUCUUCCGAACCACAUCCAGGUUCCUGAAUCUGAACGAUCAAAGCUAAGCUUUGGAAGUUUUGGCAUUGGUUUUGGGGUUUCUGCCAUUGUUCCAAGCGGUCAAGAGAGUGACCAGAAACAUACACCCGUUUCUGAAGCGUCAGUGGAUGGCGAUGAAAAUGUAGAGGAUGAAGCUUCGAGUUAUCCCAAUGCCUUGAGAAGUACUGAAGAAGUGGAUUCUCCUGAUCAUCCACAAUCCCCUGUUUGUGUGCCUGAGGAUUUAUCGACCAGUGGAGGUGAACUUCCAUCAAGCACAAUUCAGGAGUUCAAUGAUUUAAAGCAGGAGACAGUAUUACCUUCCGGAGGUCACACAAACUCCGUUCCCCAAACUUCUUCAAGUUACAGUUUUGGAUUUAUCUCCCCUGUAGUUGGGAGUCAGAUUACAGCUGUUGAAAACUCUGAUUCUCAAGGCCGCGAUGCUUCUCGUCUUCCCAGCUUUGUCGUUCAACAACCUUUUGAUCCUUCGAGUUACUAUGCCCAGUUUUACCGGUCGGGUGAGAGUGAUGGUCGACUUUCCCCCUUUCUUUCUCCUGGAGUUGCUGCUAAGUACAAUGGCAAUGUUGCGUUGUUGUCUCCUUCAAGCUCUCAAUCUCCUCAAGAGGGUGUGGUUUUGACUACAGCAGGUCCAACAGCACUGUUAACUCAAGCCGCUGGGCUCAUGCAGAGCUCCAUAGCUGUGACUCAGCAGCCUGUCCCCGUUUUUCGACCUCCAACUGGGGUCCAUAUUUCUCAUUAUCCCCCCAACUACCUACCAUAUGGUCAUUAUUUCUCCCCCUUCUAUGUUCCACCUCCCCCCAUCCAUCAAUUUGUUGGCAAUAAUCCAUUUCCUCAACAACCUCAAGGAGGCAAUAUCUAUCCAGCUCCGCCAGCAGCAACUGCUGCAGUUAAAUAUUCAAUUCCACAAUACAAGAUGGGAGCCAAUUCUGGUAACUCAUCUCACAUUGGCGUGCCCAGUGGUUAUGGCCCUUAUGGCUCUUCAGCAUCAGGCUAUAGUCCUAGCUCUGCUGCACCAGCUGCAAAUACCACCGCUAAUGAGGACCUUGGUGCAUCGCAGUUCAAGGAAAAUAGUGUAUACAUCACUGGACCACAGAGUGAAGGUUCAGCUGUGUGGAUUGGUGCACCCGGAAGAGAUAUGUCGAAUUUGCCCACUAAUUCGUUCUACAACCUUCCACCACAGGGUCAACAUGUGACCUUUACACCAACACAGACAGGUCAUGGUACAUUUGCCAGUAUCUAUCACCCAGCACAAGCAGUAACUCCAGGAACAGUUCACCCGCUUCUGCAACAAUCACAAGCCGUGCCUGGAGGAGGAGUCGAUACGGUAGGACCCGGAGGUAGCAUUUAUCAACAACCUCAACACUCGCAGAUGAAUUGGCCGAGUAACUAUUAGGUAACUACAAAUCAGAAGCUUUUUUCUUAAAAAAUUAAUAUUGGGAUUUUUGGGAGAGCUCCCAGCAAUUGUGGAUCGAGAAAAGAAUAUCAGGGGAAGAGUUGGCUAUUGACUGGAGAAUGUUUUAGAGGAGCAGGAAAAGACUGAUUCUACUGUUUGCUUGAAGUGAGUACAUGAAAGGUGAAGCCCACCUAUAACAGAUAUUUACCAUUUUAAGUUAGUUCAACUAGGCAUGUGCAGUUGUUCUAUUUCUUGCAGCUGGUGCUAUAUGGAAUAUCUCUCCCUCUCUCUCUCUCUCUUUCUUUCUCUCUCUCUCUCUCUCUCUCUCUCAAUUCUUCAUUUGAUAAGCUUUUUCGAGCGUUUCUAUUGUUGAAUUCUUCAAACUGAGAGAAUUUGCGAGUCAAAAGUGUUGAGAAAUCUUUUUGCAUUCUUUCUUCUUUAAUUUGGAGAUCUUAUAGGGGCUUUUGAAAGAAAGGUAAGAUAUAGGCUGGUGAAGAAUUUUUCCUUCUUUAAUUUUUCAGCUACCUUACCUGUAAAGUUAUUUGAUGAUAGCAAGAAAAAAAAAGUUGUAUUCAUGUAAUCCAGAAAAUGUGAAUUGUUUUGGUUGACUGAUUUAUAUUUUAAUACUUUAGUUCUCAUCUUCCUCAA